AUGAAGCUUAAUCCAACAAAGUGUAACUUUGGAGUCAGGUCGGGAAAUUUCUUAGGAUACUUGGUUACAGAGAAUGACAUCGAUGUCAACUCAUGGAAGGUAAAACCAGUGCUCGAGAUGCAGGCCUCCAAGAGCCUAAAGGAGGAAGUCCAGGCUUUCGACCGGCUUAAGGAGGUUUUCACCAAGAUGCCCUUACUGACGAAGCCGGAGCUUAUGCAUGACCUUGCUGGCAGAAGGAUACGCGAGAUAAGUAAAGACUACAGCCUGGUGGGGCGAGAUGGCGUCAUGCAAUGGGCUAGGAGACAACGAGUACAAGCGUUAAUUCAGGUGUGUCCAUCAACAUCGAAGCACAAGCUUAGCAACAAAUGA